UUUUCCUUUUGGUGAUGUACUAUUAAUUUAACAAGUAAAAUCAUACCCUAUAAGAUCCAUCAGAAAUAAGCGGUCAUUUUUGUAAAUUUAGAAAUUUGUUUUAAAAAAAAACAUAAAAUCAUAAAUUGUGGAAACCAGAAAGAAAGCAACAAAACAGCUGUUGAAUGCUUAUCCAACAGUAUCUCAAUCAGCUCAAGCUCUGCGCGAGGAACCGAACCCUAACAACUGCCAAGUCCCUCCAUGCCCAAAUCAUCAAGCUCGGGAUCACUCAAUGCAUUCCCUUGGCCAACACCCUCGUCAACUCCUACGGAAAAUGCAGCGCCGCUUCUCACGCACUCCACCUGUUCGACGAAAUGCCUCACAGAGACCACAUCGCUUGGGCCUCUGUUCUCACCGCUCUCAACCAAUCUAACCUCUCUGUCAAGACGCUCUCGAUGUUCUCCUCUUCUAACAACGGGUUGCGUCCGGAUGAUUUCGUGUUCUCUGCCCUUGUCAAGGCCUGUGCCAACUUAGGAUCUGUUAAUCACGGGAAGCAAGUUCACUGCCGUUUUAUAGUCUCCGAGUAUUCUCAUGAUGAUGUUGUUAAGUCUUCACUGGUUGAUAUGUACUCCAAAUGCGAUUUGCCUGAUAGUGCUAAAGUAGUUUUCGAUUCUAUAAGAGUGAAAAGCACCAUCUCAUGGACUGCGAUGGUGUCCGGGUUUGCUAAAAGCGGGAGAAAGGAAGAAGCUUUGGAGCUUUUUAGGAACAUGCCGAUCAAGAACUUGUGUUCUUGGACUGCGUUGGUCUCUGGUUUUGUGCAGAGUGGGAAAGGGCUUGAGGCUUUCUCUGUGUUUACUGAGAUGAGGAGAGAAAGUGUUGACAUUUUGGAUCCUUUAGUUCUUUCUAGUAUAGUUGGCGCUUGUGCUAAUAUGGCUGCUUCCAUAGCAGGGAGGCAGGUUCAUGGUUUGGUUAUAUCUCUAGGAUUUGAUUCUUGUAUGUUUAUUAGUAACGCGCUUAUCGACAUGUACGCUAAAUGCAGCGAUGUUAUAGCUGCAAAGGAUAUUUUCAGUAGGAUGCGUCACAGAGAUGUGGUUUCGUGGACGUCGCUUAUAGUCGGAAUGGCUCAGCACGGUCAGGCUGAGAAGGCAUUGGCUUUGUAUGAUGAAAUGGUUUCACACGGUGUGAAGCCUAACGAGGUCACGUUUGUUGGGUUGAUAUACGCGUGUAGCCAUGUCGGUUUUGUAGCUAAAGGCCGUGAGAUUUUUCAGUCAAUGAGCAAGGACUAUGGAAUCCGCCCGUCUUUGCAGCAUUACACAUGUUUGUUAGAUCUUCUUGGUCGGUCUGGACUGGUUGAUGAAGCUGAGAAGCUAAUUCGUGAAAUGCCGUUUCCUCCUGAUGAACCAACUUGGGCUGCUUUGCUUAGCGCUUGUAAGCGGCAGGGGAAAGGUCAGAUGGGUGUAAGAAUCGCUGACCAUCUCUUGAGUUGCUUUAAACCGAGAGACCCAUCGACUUAUAUACUUUUAUCAAACGUCUACGCAAGUGCUUCUUUGUGGGGGAAAGUGUCAGAGGCGAGAAGGAAGCUAGGAGACAUGGACGUUAGGAAAGAUCCAGGGUACAGUAGCGUGGAGGUCAGGAAAGAAACCGAAGUGUUUUACGCAGGAGAAACAUCUCAUCCUCUAAAAGAAGAGAUCUUUGGCUUGCUUAAGAAGUUGGAAGAAGAUAUGAGGAGAAGAAAUGGUUAUGUUCCUGAUACGAGCUGGAUCUUACACGACAUGGAUGAGCAAGAGAAAGAAAAGCUUUUGUUUUGGCAUAGCGAGCGAUCUGCUGUCGCAUACGGUUUACUUAAGGGCGUUCCGGGAACUCCCAUACGGAUUGUGAAAAACCUAAGGGUUUGUGGAGAUUGUCAUGUUGUUAUGAAACAUAUAAGUGAGAUUAUUGGAAGAGAGAUUAUAGUUCGAGAUGCUACUAGAUAUCAUCAUUUCAAAGGAGGAAAAUGCUCCUGUAAUGACUUCUGGUAAGAGGUCCUGUCUUCUUUGUUGUAAUAUUUGUUUUUAUGAAAAUUUGAUGAGAUUUUUGAGGA